ACCUCGACAGGACUCGUUGAUUUUUGAUCUAGAGGAGCAGAAAAUGCGGGCUUCCUCGAGAAAGAGAAUCUUUAAAUUCAGCGCCGCCCUAUACUUUUACAAUUCGUUGCUUUUUCUUAAAAUUCUCGUUUCAGCUGCCAUAAGAAUUAUCAAAGUGUAUUGCUGCGACGGCCAACCUCAGCCCGAUUCCGAUUUUUGCGACGAAGAAAGCAAACCCUGGUUCUUUCUCGACUUCUGGUGGUUCACUGACAGAUUUCAACUGCCCACCUUCUAUUACUUGUUCACUUUCAACGUCGCAAAUAUGUGCAUUUACGUCCUGAAUUACUGCUCUUCUGACGCCUUCACCUGCAGCUUGAUCAUCGCGUUGGUCGAAAGAGGGGAAUUUUUAGUGAAGAUGGCCCCAAAAUCCCUGUUGCCAGAUGAGAACGGCCAGAGCUCGUCGAUGUUCAAGGCGUGGGUCAAGUACCAUCAGUAUUAUUUAAGUUUAAUCAAAGAGGUCAACAAGAAUAUCGGGCCAUUGAUUGUGGCGACACACGUUUUUGCAGCUUUGAACAUCAUGGUUUACUUUUUCCUCAUUUUGAAGGAACAGGAGCAGGAAAUCAGGGUGCUGGCGUGGUCUUUCCUCUUCGCCACUGCAAUCCAGUUUUUCAUGUACGCAUACUGGGGUCAGCAGGUCAUCAACAAGGGCUACGAGAUAAGCCGAGUUACCCUGACUGCGAGUCAGGUGGCACAAGGUGCUUAUGCGAAUGUUCCUGCCAGGUCUGCCCUGAUGAUCGUGAUGACCAGGUGUUGCGGAAAAAUCGAUUCGAAGAUUAGCGGAAUGGGGUUUUUCAGCAUUUCCCUACGGUUUUACGCCAGGAUCUUCGGUCUUUCCCUGAGCUACCUACUAAUUGUUUUGCAGCUCUGAUUAUAACUGUGAGGCGUUGAAUUAAAGUUAGAAAUUUUUAAUAUCGUUUUAAUAAAGAGCAGAAAAC